AUGUCAUCCCCCCCUUUCCCCGUCCCCCCCUCCGGCGUCUGGGUCCCCUCAGUAACCCUCUUCAACCACCAAACUGACACCCCCGACCUCCCCUCCCAAGCGCGCUACUUCAGCUACCUCGGCGCACCCACCACCGGUCUCGCGGGUCUCCUCAUCCUCGGCACCAACGCCGAGCCCUUCCUCCUCACCCGCGAAGAGCGCAAAGCCAUCCUGCACACGGCGCGCACCGCCCUAGGGCCCGAGUACCCCAUCAUGGCGGGCGUCGGGGGGCAUUCGACGGCGCAGGUGAAGGAGUUUGUGAGGGAUGCGGUGGAGGUUGCCGGGGUCAAGUGGGUGUUGGUGUUGCCGCCGGGGUAUUUUGGGAAGGUGGCCGGGUUGGGCGAGGUGGUGGAGGGGUUUUAUGGGGAGGUGGCGAGGUUUUGUGAGGGGUUGGGGGUUGGGGUGGUGGUGUAUAAUUUUCCGGGGGUUUGUGGGGGGGUGGAUUUGGAUAGUGAGACAAUUGCGAGACUAGCACGGAAACACCCCAACAUCGUCGGUGUCAAGCUCACCUGCGGAAGUGUGGCCAAAAUCACCCGGCUCGCGGCCGAGUUCCCGCCCGAACGCUUCGCCGUGUUUGGCGGGCAGAGCGAUUUCCUCAUCGGCGGACUGGCCGUGGGCAGCGCCGGAUGCAUCGCGGCGUUUGGGAACGUCUUCCCCAAGACCAUCUCUGAGGUGUACAGGCUGUACCAAGCGGGCAAGACGAAGGAGGCUCUGGCGCUGCACCGUGCGGCAGCCCUUGCGGAGCAGGCGUUGAAGAGUGGUGGGAUUGCGGCGACGAAGUAUGCUGCGAGCGUGUUUACCGCGCCGUUGGCUGGGGUGGAGGAUGCGGAGGACAAGAUGAGGCCGAGGAGUCCGUACUUGCCGCCUGGUGACGGGGCAAAGGAGAAAAUUAAGGAAGCGUUGGCUAAGGUGGCAGAGAUUGAGAGGAUUAUUGUGAGGUGA